CAAGAAAUCAGACCAUUACCAUCCCCUGUCCCUGAUAUCCCUGAUGGCGGGAGUGUCCGAUGAUUUCCUCAAGAAAAUUUUGAGGUUGUGCUUCAGUGUUAAAGAACCUGCAGAACCAAAAUUGAAAGCGCUAAAAACUCCUUGUUACAAUGUUACUGAUAGAUUAUUUUCUAACGUGAAAAUAGAAGCGACUGAUGCUGCUUAUUCGGCUGAAUUUUCUGAUGCCUUCGUCAAGUACGACAUUCGUUCUGACAACUCUAUUCCACUGCCAUGGUUUUGGAUAGACUCUAUUGAAGACAUUGUCAAAUCUUGUUGUGGAGAAUCCAACUGUGUUGAUGAUGCAACAGUCAGUUUGGAAGAAUUCUUGAGAGAUGAAGAUAAUAUCAGACAUUUACUGAAAGUUCAGGAGGCAAAAACUGAAGCAGAAAUACAGGCAAUCAUUUCCCAUCAUUUGUUCUCAAAGCUUGCACCAUCAGGAUCAUAUAUUUUGAAUGCAGACUGUAAUCCUUUGGGAGUCAACAAAUGUCCGGUGUGUAAUGUCGAACUUGUCCUUGGGAACACAUCUUUAGGAAACUAUUUAGCUUGGUAUGGACAUCCUCAUAUUUUGGUUGACAGAUCUACAGUUAAAGUUCAAAUUGAAGAAAGCGAAAGUGAUGAUGAGAUUGAAGAUAAUGAACAACAACAAUCUGGUACAAAAAGGUUAAAGAUGAUGGUCGAUGCAAAACAACAGAGUACUAUCAGUACUGGUGCUGAUUGCAAAGAUUCAUAUAGUCUCAGAGACACGCAUAAAGAUUAUGCUUUUAGAACUGAAAAGGCUUUGAGGCAUGUUUUUGCUCAAACAAUUACAAAUGCUUUUUACCAAGCAAAACAGAACCCAGAAAUGGAAGAUAUCUUUAUUCCAUCAUUUUUAGUCUCGGAUGUUAAAUUAAAAAUUCUUAUGUACAAUUGUAAAAGAGACAGACUUUAUAUAUCAGAUGAUAUGUUACUGUUUGAAGCCUGGAGUGAAAAUGGCAUAAAUGUUGGUACAAUUGUUUCAAUAUGGUUGGCAUUAAAUUUAGAAAAUUUUAAACAAGAUAUAAUUGAUGAUGAAGUAUAUGAAACAAUAGGACAUGGAAAGUCUACCUUUCAGGAAAAUUUGCACGAAGAAGUUUUGUUGAUAUACAAGCAUCAAUUACAAAAACCUUUGUCAGGGAAAAAAUGGCCUUCUGAUUCUUCUUCAUCUACAACAUUAGGAAGAAGGGUCGUACGAACUCAAAAGUGGAUUGAAACUUAUGAUAAGCUUGAAAGUUUGGCUGCAAACUAUUUCACAGAAAGUGCUGGUGAAUGACCCUACAUAAUGAAAUAUAAAUAUACAAGAAUUAAAUAGACUGAUUGAUUUUCUU